AUGAAGAGCGGUGACUCAACUACCAUUGAUGUUCCCCAUCAUGAGGCCAGCGGUGGCGGCGCAUCGAAAGGAAAAGGGGCAAUUCUGACAGUCCCUGCAAGGCAAGAGAAGGGAGGGAUGAGGAGAGGGAUGGCCAUAAUUGACUUGGUUUUGAGGAUUGGUGCUGUAGUGGCUGCUCUGGCUGCUGCAGCCACCAUGGGAACAAGUGAUCAAAACCUUCCUUUCUUCACCCAGUUCUUCCAGUUUGAAGCUAGCUAUGAUGACAUGCCCAGUUUCCAGUUUUUCCUCAUAGCAAUGUCACUUGUAGCUGGCUACUUGGUGCUCUCAGUUCCCUUCUCCAUAGUCUCCAUUGUUCGCCCCCAUGCAAGUGGAAUAAGGCUCUUGCUCCUCAUCCUUGACGUUGUGGCACUCACCCUGGCCACUUCUGCUGCUGGGGCUGCAACUGCCAUAGUCUACUUGGCUCACAAUGGCAACUCAAGCUCCAAUUGGCUUGCCAUCUGCAACCAGUUUGGUGAUUUCUGUCAGACAGUCAGCGGGGCUGUGGUGGCUUCGUUUGUUACUGUUGUUACCUUAAUGUUCUUGAUUCUGCUGUCUGCCGUGGCUCUCCGAAAGCAUUGA